AUGGCUGAGCAUUACAUCCACACCACUAGCCACAAUACCCGCAAUGUCAAUCGUGUGCCAGCCCCCCUUCAUGCCCAUAGGACUCCAGGUGAUCGCCUGGCUGCUGCAGCAACGUCGCGUCCCAAAAAGAAGAGGAAGACCGUCGAAUACGAUCCUGACUUCGGCGGCGACGGCAGCGAUGUUUGGAAACUGGCUGCAGGUCGCUCAGUGAAGGCAGAAGUCCGCAGCGCACCUGCUGGACCUCGAAAUUUGCAAGGACCCGAGGUGGUGUCCCAUUCCACCUUGGCCUCCAGUUCCAGCGCGGCUACUGUGCCUGGUUCUGCUGGCGCAGAUGAUUUCACAGGCGUGCUUAACGGCCUGAGCCGCGAUACUAUGGUGAACGAGCACGGCUUUCCUCUCAACACAUCCGAUGUAGAGCGAAUCGCGAGGGAGCAGGAGGCAGAGCCGGUUACUCAGGGCAAGACAUACGUUGACUACAUGCGACAUUUUGAGAAUGAAAAGCUCUCCAGAGCUUACUCGCAUCUUAUUAUAGCUUUUCGACACGCACCGCCUCCAGACCUACGAUGCAGUAGCUGUGGUGUUAUGGGGGUUGGAAGAUGGAGAUGCUCCCAUUGCGCAACGUCUAGAGACUUCUGCACACCCUGUCUGCGCGCUCAUCACUGGAGGAAUCCGUAUCAUCUCGUCGGCUGGUGGACAGGCCAACACUACCGGAAGGCUUGGCUAAGAGAUGCUGGCAUUGCCCUUCACCUCUGUCCCAAUGGUGCUUUCGGCCAAGGCAGCGUUCGCGUCUGUCCUUGCAACCCUGGCAACAAUGUAGAUCUCGCCCUCCUCGACUCACGGCAGCCCCCGGCAUAUAGCAGCUCUUCUUCCGCCCACACCACGGAAGCCCCCAAACGGCGCCCAGAUACCGACGGCGAUCCCACGAGUGCCCCUAAUCCGGACGACGACGUGACGCGCCUUCGAAAUCCGCUGACUCUAGACGAGGGGGAGCUUGAGACGCUCAAAAUGCCGGCCCGGGCAUCUAUGGCCGACGACUUCCAACCGUUGGGGCCAGUAGACGACGAAGACAUCCGUCAAGACGCCGAGGUUCCGACGCGUGUCAGCCUGGACGCCGACGACGCAGGCAUGGUGCGACAGGCAGGCAAAUCGGCAAUACCCACGAAGGAUAUGUAUGGGUUCAGGACCAUCAUCGUCGUCCACUCCGAUAGCAUUCACGGCCUAGGCAUCGCCUUCUGCAAGUGCCCAGGUGCCCCUUCGCACGACCGGCAGCUGCUCGAGUACGGCGGUCUUUUCCCGGCAUCACCAGACGACCCUGCAACCGCCUUCACUCUUCAAGGUCUCGAGUACCGUUCGGUUGACGACGUGGUUUGCAAAACUUCGGCGUUGUCCUACAUGCGAAAACUGCGAAGAUGUACGGAACCCCAAGAACCCCGAUUGGCACCGAAUCGCUAUCAUGAGUUAAAUCUCGUCUCGCGGCAGUACACUGCCGUUCAGAAUCUCAUCGAUUUCGGAUUUGCUACUCAGCCAUUAGAGUCAUGGAAAGAUCCCCCAGCAGGCAGUCUCGUCAGGAAAUGCGUGGUCUGCCCCCGCAAGAGUCGAGAUUUCAGCAACAUACCGAGAAAAUGGGAAGAGAAUCCGGACGAAUGGCGCUUGUUCGUGUCGCUUUGCUAUGAUGGCAACUUCAGCGGCGACCACACCAUCUCAAAACGCCCAGGCAAUAAUGUUCCUUUCUAUCCUGGCACCGGCUUCUUCAAUCAUCCGGACGUGGUAGCAGAACACAUGAAGCACGCAGUUGACGAUAGGGCUCUGAAAAGACUCUUGCCUGGCCUUGACAAGGACGAGCGACCAUGCCAUGAUCAUAAGGCAGCAGCUACCGUCGGCAAAUCUAGGAGCAGAGUUGUAGACAUCAAGGGCAUUGGCUCUUGGGCUUGUUCCAGGCACGGAUGCUUGUGUGCUAAUGGCACCAACAACUUCGAUCUCGGCGAAGCAUCUCAUCCUGUCGAUUUCAGUCUGUCCAGGGCCUUCGAACACACGAUUACAGAGCCGAUUCGUCGCGCCCAAUUACUGUACGAUAUAUGGUGCAGGUACGGUGUGCACCUGCGCAAGCGAUUCCAGCACAGCGGACUCGACUGGCCAGAAUUUCGGGAAUUGUUACAGGGUGUGGGCGUCUGGCACAUAUAUGGGCACGUCUUUGAAUGCUACCGGCGGUUUGCUCCGGUCUAUUCUCCGCGGUCCGGCAUCGUAGAUGGCGAGAUUUUGGAAACUCUUUGGGCUUUACUAAAUUCUAUCUUGCAGUCGUGUAGAGGCAUGUCUCUGGCGGCGCGUGAGGAGAAGAUCAAUAUGCAUAUGAACGACGUUAACCAGGGCAAAAUAAUCCGGAUGGAAACCCUGGUGCGAAAGCACCGGAAGUUCAGCUAUGAAUUGCAAGAACGCGAGCAACAUUGCCGCCGGCUCGCGAUGUCCUGCGACGAUGACGACAUGAGCCGAUGGGAGAACGACCGCAUAAGGCUUGAGAGCAAGCGUGCUCGAGAUCCAUAUUAUGCAGAUCAGUUCUGGGCAGGUGCCAUUGAACAAGGUCCCGAGCCAAAGGACGUUGAGGUUCGGCUAUUGGAGGAGGAGAACCGUGCAAGGCCGGACACUGCAGUGGUUAGGGCGUUGAUUACCAGCCUGGAUCUGGAAGAGGAAGGGUUAAAGAUGCAGGCUCGAGGCGAGGGAUGGGGCUCGUCUGCUACAGAUAGACGGACGGCCGCUAUCGCGCGCUCGCGAUUCCAUAACCGCCGGCUCAAAGCGAACCGGGAGAUGGGAUCUAUAAUGGGUGAAAUUGCGGCAGACGAUCUGCCACCUUUGAAGCUGUCUAGGCUCUUGCCAGAGGACGAAUGGGAUAUUGAAACCCUGCAGGAGCAUGGCUACAAUCUCCGUCCUCUGGCGGAGUUCCAGCCGGUAGACUUGCCGUCGUCUAGACAGGGAGACGCAACGCGAAAAGAUGGGACCGCCUCGAUUGAGAGACGCGCUUUGGUCACGGAACUCGAACUACGCAUCGCCAGGCUGGAUUGGCGGAUCCAGAAAGUGAUGGAGGGCGUGGUAGAUCAAGCGCAAUCGUACCGCCUGCAGCUGCGACAGAACAAGAGUAAGGGUAAGAAUUCGAACAACUACGUAGCGCGCAGCCGAGCUUGGCUGCACACUCGCGAGCAGAAUAAGGACGUGAGGGUGCACGCAUGCAUCUACAACCAAGGGGCGAUGCGCCUUACCCGCCUCCUUCAGGACCACGGUGUUGGAGAGGAGCGACGUAAGGCCGAUCUAUUGGCGAAGUAUCGACCCAUCGGCCCCGACGACAUCAAGUGCACGACUGCGACAUACGAUAUGUACAACAAUACACGAACUCAGGGAAAGUUCCAGCUGCCGUGGUUUUGGAGUACGCAUCGGGGCGCCGCCUUGGGCGUCGAUGCAGCACCUCAACCCCUGGAUGACGAGACUUAUAUCGGAGAUUUCUUUCGAACAAAAUGGAUCAACGCCAGAUGUGCGUACGUCCGCUGUGAAGAGGAAGUUUACAUGUUGGAGGGAGAAAUGCAGACAUGCUUCCUCGGUUACUCGUCUCUCGCGGAGUUUUGGCAGAGACGAUAUGAAGGUAUACCAGCCGCAGCCGAGGAGGGGGACGACUACUUUGCCGGGCAUCGUGCCCAUGCACUGGAGAUGCGGCACCUUUGGUUGGACCUGGCGGCGAAAGCCAAAGCGUCUUUCAACGCCGAGGUAAAGGAUAUCAUUUCGCCGGAACUUUACGAACCGUCUCAGUAG